AUGCCUAUCAAAGUAGGACUCAUCGGCCUCAGUUCCGUCACUGGCGAAAUCUCCGCCAGUCCAGGAGACAGCUGGGCAGCCAGCGCUCAUCUGCCCUACCUCUUGGCCUCACCGCACUACGAGAUCACCGCCCUCUGCAACUCCAGCGUUUCGUCCGCCCAGGCCGCUAUCAAACGCUACAACCUGCCCCCAACCACCAAAUCCUACGGCAGCCCCGAAGAUCUCGCCCAGGACGCAGAUGUCGACCUCGUUGUCUGCUCCGUCCGAGUAGACAGACACUACGCGCUCCUGAUGCCAUCCAUCAAAGCAGGCAAAGACGUCUUCGUCGAAUGGCCGCUCGCGUCCAACCUAACCCAAGCCCAAGAAAUGCACGCCGCAGCCCAGGCCAGCGGAUCCAAGACAAUCGUCGGUCUGCAAUCCCGGUCCAGCCCCUUCAUCCGCAAGAUGAAGCAACUCGUCGCGAACAAGACCAUCGGUGAGAUCCUCAGCUCCACGUUAACUUUCGAGAUGGGAUGGCCGGGUGACGUCGAACCCCCCGCCAACGACUUCAUGACCAAGAAAGAGAGCGGCGGGAGUUUCCUCAGCAUCAUCGUUGGACACACCGCAGAUGCCGUGUUCCACGCUCUGGGUGGCCUCGAAGAAUGUUCCGCGCUAUUGACCACCCGCUGGCCCGAGACCAAACUGCUCAAAGCAGACAUGAGUUUCGACCGCGUCGCCAAGCGCGAAACACCCGAUCACGUCAUGCUGCAAGGCAUUCUCCGUAACAACUCCGCGCCCAUCUCCAUGGCUUUACGUCACGGAAAGACCUUCAAAGACACUCCCGGUCUCGUAUGGCGCGUGUUCGGCACGAAAGGCGAGAUACGAUUUACUUCUGCCACGAUGCUGAAUCUUGGUAUGGGCGGAGAGAAGAUCGAGGUGUAUGAUCAUGAGAAGGAUGGUGUGGAGAUCGUGGAGGUGGAGUAUGAGGAGGUGGUUAGGGAGUUGGUGCCGAUGGCGAAGAAUGUGGGGAUGUUGUAUGAGGGGUUUGUUGAGGGGAAGAGUGUGGAGGAGGGGUUUGUGGGGUUCAAGGAGGCGGUGGAGUGGCAUAGGGCUAUUGAUCUGAUGGAGAAGGGGAGUGAGGGGAGGAAGUGGGUGAAGAUAACGGGAUGA